AUGAAAAAAGUAUUUUACGACAUUGAAAAUUUUGAGGAGGAGGAGGAGGAAGAAGAAGAGGAAAAUAAUUCGAGCAAUAGAAAAAAAAAUAAAUAUCAACAUAAAACCGGAGCAUUAUUAUUCUUAAUCGAUGCCAGGGAAAAAAUGUUUAAAUUACAAUUAACCGAAAACAAAUGUGCUAUGUUAUGUUGUUUAGAAAGCAUUAGAAAUACGAUUAGAAAAAAAAUAUUUAAUGAAGAAAAAUGCUACUGUGGAGUAAUGCUUUUAGGAACAUCACAAAAUAAUAAUCCAUUAAAUUUAGAUAAUAUUUUUAUAAUACAAGAUUUUAAAUUACUAGGAGCCAAACAUAUUUUGAAAAUUGAUGAAAUAAUUGAAGAUGUAAAAAAUUUUUCCUAUGAAAAUAAAUUUGGUUUCGAAAGUUUUUCAUUAGGGGAUGCAUUUUGGUUAUCAAUGCAUAUUUUUAGAGAAAAGUCUCAACAAUUAAAUAAGAGUAUAUUAUUUUUAACUAACGAUGAUGAUGGUGUAACUGAUCAAAAUAAUGAUUAUAACAGAGCCAUGACAAGUGCAAAAGAUAUGAAAAAAAAUCAUAUAUUUUUAGAUGUUAUUCAAUUGGGAGAAAGUUUUGAUACUGAUAAGUUUUACAGUAAAUUAUUAAAAGCUUCGCAAGAUAAUGUUAAUUAUGUACAUUCUAAACCAGUCAGUAGUUUAAAGGAAAUUGAAAAUAGAAUGAAUAAAAUUAAUUUUAAACAUGUUACAUUAGUAAAAUUACCUUUUGUAAUAGGUGAAGAUUUUCAAAUUGGCAUAUCGAUUCAUUUUCUUGCAAAGAAAGUUAAACUUCCUUUUAAAGUAAAACUUAGUAAGUCGACAAAUGAAAGAGUUUACACCAAAAUGCAAAUGUUUGAAACUGAAACGGGAACUGUUGUAAAUGAUGAUGAUAUUUUAAAAUCUCAAAUUGUAGGGCAAAAAGAAAUCACUUUCAAUUUGCCUGAAUUAAAAAUGAUAUCGGAAAGUGGAAAAAUAGAACUUCGAUUAUUGGGAUUUAAACCUGCAUCUGUAAUUACGCUUGAAAAUUUUAUAAAGCCAUGUGCAUUUAUAUAUCCGGACGAUUAUACUUAUAAAGGGAGCUCAGUGUUUUUUGCUGCUUUUUUAAACCGCUGCAUAGCAAAACAAGUCGUACCAAUAUGCACGCUUUGUUUAAGAAAAACAUCCGCGUGUCGAUUUGUGGCUUUAAUUGGUCAAAACGAAUGUUCAGAUUCUAUUGUCGGUAGAGAUUUGCGUCAAGGCUUUGUCGUUUUUUUUUUACCAUUUGCCGAGGAAGUACGACCGUAUGAGGAUGUCUCUACGAAAAGAGCAGAACCCGAACAAGUGGAAAUAGCAAAGAAAUUUAUAAAAAAAUUAAAAUUUAAAUAUAACGUUGAAUGUUUUCAAAACCCGAGAUUAAAAGCUCAUUGGUCAGCCAUUGAGGCUCUUGCAUUAGAUUUACCCGAACCGGAAGAAACGAACGAUUCUACCUACCCGAAUUAUGAGUUGAUGUCUGCUAGAGCGGGAGAUUUAGCUAAAAGAUUCACGGAAGCUGUUUAUCCAAAUGAUUACGAUCCUGAAAUUUACGGUGCACCCAAAAAAUCAAAAUCAUCCGCCGGCAAAUCAUCAAAACCUGGACCUGCAAUCGACAUUAAAAAUGUUGAAGAAUUAAUUAAAGCGGGAGAGGCAAGUUUUUCAUUUAUUAAAUAA